AUGGAGGUCAUGCAGCAGCUGGGCAAGAGAUCACAGAUCCAAAGCAAUCCAGAGGAUUCCCUUAGAUACUUGAUCGGAAACUGUGUUGGUUCUGUGAGGGAAAUUAAAAUCAACAUCCAAAAGAAUGAAACAACGCUUCAGCCUCUGAGAAAAUAUGAUCUUCAGUCUGAAAUAAAUAAAGUCUUUGACAAAAUCCAAAAACAUAUUCCAAAUGUUACGUUCACCAACUUUGACAGAAGUACAAGUGGCAAGAACAGUAUUGUGUCCAUAGUCAACAAAAGAGUACAAUACUGUGUUGGAGAAGACCUUGUGGUACAGGUCGAUAUGUACGAUUACCUGGGUAACAGGAAGACCAAUGGAGGAGACCUCAUAAGAUCACGACUCUUUUCUCCAGAGCUUGGGGCUGCUGUGUCUGGCAGGGUGGAAGACUUUCUCAAUGGAUCCUACCAUAUCCACUUUCCAUUACAAUGGGCUGAUGACAAAGCCAAGGUCUCUAUUAGACUGUGGCAUCCUAGUGAAGGAAUUGCAGCCCUCUGGAGAUCACGGCAUGCCAGUCAAGGGGUUCUUGGUUACCAUGGAAGAUAUGAAUACCUGGGCAAGCAAGCUAUCUCCUACUGUGGCUUUCUGCCAAACGCAGCUGAAGAGGUUUGCGAGUACAAAGAUGAGUUCUACGAAGAGGCCUUCUACUGUAUUAAACCCAAGGACCUUCCUUGUGAAUGUUUAAAUAAUAUGAGAGCUGUGGAUCUUUAUGUGUCCUACCUCACACCUGGGGAGAAAACACUGUUUCAAAGGUAUGAGCAAAAAGUGCUACCUUUUGAAGCAGGACUAAAUUGUGCCCAUAAAAUACUCAUCCCAAGUGCCAUUCAGCUGUCCAGAAUAAGUCAAGGCCAGUCCCUUAGAAAUGUGGUUCUUCUUACAAGGUCUUCACUUUGUGAUGCUUUUACUGGCACCAACUAUAUAGGGUUCAUUUAA